AUGUCCAAAAGGAGAAAAAAUCAUGAUAGUUCAAGCACUCCACUUUCAAGCUCUCCACCGUCAAGCUCUCCGGCUUCAAGCACUCCACUUUCAAGCUCUCCACCUUCAAGCUCUCCGGCUUCAAAUUCAAUUGGUAUUGUAUCUCCUUCAAAUGCUAGUGUGCCAUUACAUGAGGAAGAAUUGAUUUAUGAUAUCGAAAAACUUCAUCAUGAUCCUAUUAGAAGAACCGAUAUAAUGAAAUAUCCUCCAAAUGAGAGAGAUACAAUUAGGAGGGCGUAUAUUCUUAGAAAACCUUGUCAGCCAAGAACUUUUUCUUUUCCUCAAAACGAAGUUGGAGGUUCGUGUCGUCGGUUUAUGGUUUCAUGGUUUGAUAAAUGGGAUUGGCUUGAAUAUAGUAUGGAUGAAGAUGCUGCAUUUUGUUUUGUACGCUACUUGUUCAAGAAUGAAGUUGGACAUGCGGGGGGUGAUGCAUUUGUGAAUAAAGGAUUUAAGUCGUGGAAUAAGCCGGAACGAUUUAUAAAACAUAUUGGUGGAGUUAGAAGUGCUAAUAAUAUUGCUUAUGAGAAAUAUGUGAACUUGAGGGAUGGCAAAAAGAAAUCGAUUUUGGUUUCUUUAGAUAAUGUUAGUGAUGUGAUUAACAACGAAUAUAAUGUUCGCUUGAAGGCUUCAAUUUCUUGUUUACGUUACCUAUUGGGACAAGGCAUGGCAUUUCGUGGUCACAGGGAAGGUGAAGAUUCCCUUAAUAGGGGAAAUUUUCUUGAACUUUUAAAAUGGUUGAAGGCACAUAAUGAAGUUAUUUCAAAAAUGACUUUGGAAAAUGCCCCUUGA